CGUGAAGGCAGCUCUGUUCAUGUGUUAAAAUAUGGCAGCCCCCUUAGCCCUACAUCCUUGCUGUAGACAUGUGUCUCUUAUUUAUGGUGCAUUCAGUAGGCAGGUAAUUAGCAGAAGUCUUCACACAAGCCCUGCACAAUUAGCAGGAAGCAAAUGGAGACAGGCACAUGGUCUUCCAGAUGCAUUUGAUUCAGACUAUGGUCCGUUUGUUGACAAGCCUGAUUGGUCCUAUGCGGAUGGCAGACCUGCUCCUCCAACUAGUGGGAUGAAACAAAGGAAGGAAGAACGAAAAGUACUUGCAACACAAGCACUGCAACACUUGAGAGCAAUGGAACGAGGGAAAGAAGGUUACAGAAAUAUAGUUGAAGCUGAUAAUAGGCGAAAACAGGGCACCAUUGGAGCGAAAUUAGGAGAAAAGGGAGAAAAUUAUGGUAAAGCAUUAAAAUCCAAGGCUAGAAAAGGUUGAAUAUCCCUAUGAGGAAGAGAUUAUAGUAAGGACAAACCCAUGUUAAUGUAGAAAGAAACGUGUCUAGAUGUGAAAGCGUAUUGAAUUAGUGAAGCAAAACCAUCAAUAAUUCCAAACAGAGCCUCAAUCUGGCAUAAUGUUUGUAGAAAUUUAUCCUCAAUAGAAUAGAAAAAUAUCAAUUAAACAAUUUCUUUCAUACAAAAUGACACAUCUUGUAAAAUGUAAAUAAAUGUGUUUUAUUGACAAAGUGCUAUAAUAAAGAGUAUGUGUAAGUUUA